GAUGUGUAUCGUCAGAUGGCGAAGGAAUCACAAGACAUAUGUUUGGGUGCCUGUAAUUACAACAAAAGUACACAACUCAUUUGUUGUGCAUAUCGGGAUGUGCCGGCGGACAAAAGAAUACCGCAAAUUCAAUGUGGCAUAGAUCACACGAGAUAUCAGCUAAUAGUGCGUGGCAAACUGGCAGAGAGAAAUGAAUUCCCUUUUAUGGGCGCCAUUGGUUGGCGUGACUUGUUUACGGUCAACAGGGUAAUCUACAAAUGUGGCGGCGCUUUAAUCGAUCGAAGACAUUUGCUGACAGCUGCGCACUGUCUUUUUCAUUCAAAUGAGCCCCUUAUUGUGGUGCGUCCUGGCGGUUUCAACCUAAGCGAUACGCAUGCAAAGGAUUUCGAAAUCGAUGAAAUUUACAUACAUACUGGCCAUGAAUAUCCGAGCGCCUACAACGAUAUUGCAAUUAUACGCUUGAAGGAGCCAUAUUACAGUACUUACGUAGUUUGUAUGUAUAUUUUCACAUGCUCAGCCGGUUUAGCAUCGGACACUUUAAUGAAGACGAACCUUACCAUUCUGACUAAUGAAGCAUGUGGUAAAUACUACGAGCAAGAUGACCAUUUGCUUUAUCAUGGAAUUAUUCAUUCGCAGUUGUGUGCAAACGAUACGGUUGGAAUGAGCGACACCUGUCAGGGCGACUCUGGCGGACCCAUUAUAAUGUACCGUUACUUUUACGAAAUGCCCUACGUGGUUGGCAUCACCUCUUUCGGCAAUGGUUGUGGUUCUGGUGUGCCUGGGCUGUACACGCGUGUCGCCAGCUAUAUACACUGGAUUGAAAAAAUCGUAUACUGA